AUGCCUUAUGUUACCUCUCUACACCACAACUGGUUUUUCCAAGAUCGUUGUCACAUCGACGAGAAUGACUCAAAUGGAGCCCGACCUCAAGAAAUCCAGAUAACACUCCUCCAACUGCAGGUAGUGGACUCCCUUACCAGGGAAGAAAUGAAUGGGAACGUACGUGAGCUAAGGGAAAAUUUGUGUAGGGAGAUGGAUGCGCUAAAUCGUGAAGUCGAGGAUGUCAGGGCAAGACAGUUGGAUGUGUCACACAUGACUGACGACCUCAGGAACCACUUUUUUCCCACUGCAGCCUUCGCAUGUAAAGGUAAUGGCUGA